AUGUUGCAGCUCUGGGAAAUCAGGGAGGAGUGGAUCUCAGCCUAUUUCAAGAACGUCUUCUGCGCAAGAAUGACAUCUACUCAGCGCUCAGAAAGCAUGAAUGCAUCCCUAAAGCGUAGUCUGUUAAAUGAGAAGCUCAGUCUGAACCGUUUUGCAGAACAAGUUACCAAACUAAUAUUCCAAAGGAGACAGGCAGAAAAUUUAAAGACAUAUGCAAUACAGUUCAGAGUACUAGCAGAUCCUAUUGGAGGCGAAUACAGGUGCGAGUCUCUCCUAUGGGAACACACAGGACUGUUCUGCCUACAUGUUUUAUGCCUGCUGGACCACCUGAGGGUUGAUAGCAUUCCACUCAGUUACAUACUAAGGAGGUACACUAAUGGAGCGCGACAUAGAGGAACUUUUGAUAGGAGAGAUUACAAGACACAAGCUUCUGAUGGAACCUCGUAUCUGUACCAGCAGAAUGAAGUACUACAGCUGGCUAUGAAAGUUGUUAGGAAAGCAACAUGCUCAGAAGAACAGCAGGCAAGAGCAAAAGUUGAAAACCAACAGACAUAUCCUGAUUGUCCUAACCAGCAAGAUGAUCAGCCUGACAACGAUGGUAACAGUAUGCCGUAG